AUCAUCAUCAAUGUCGAUGAAACCGUUACCACGCAACCGUAAGAAUCCAGGUCUCGGUCGUGCGUUGAUAAACAAUCAACGUAAAGAGCCACCUAAGGAUUCUCAAAUGCAUACGACUGACUAUGCUAUGUCUUCUGUAACACAAGAGAAAGAUUUGGAUGAAUUUUUGAAUACGGCCGCUAUGGCAGAAACUGAAUUCACUGCAGAGAAAGAUAAGAAUGUCACCGUUAUACAGCACCCUUCAAUUUCUGGUCACAACAAUCCUUUCUUACUCAGCGAAGAGGAAGAACAGAAAGUUAAGGCGAAACAUGAUUUGAAGAAGGAUCAGUUGAGGUUACCACAGAGACCUGAAUGGGAUAGCAGAACUACUCCUGCUCAAUUAGACAAAUCUGAAAGAGAGAGCUUCUUGAACUGGAGGCGUGAUUUAGCUAUGUUGGUAGAGAGUGACGAUAGUUUAUUACUCACACCAUACGAACGUAACUUAAAUGUCUGGAGACAGUUAUGGAGAGUCAUCGAACGCUCUCAACUCAUCGUUCAAAUCGUUGAUGGUAGAAAUCCUCAAAUGUUCUGGGCUAGGGAUUUAGAUCCAUACACCCGCAGAAUGGGUGAAAAGGAAGUAAAUUGGCGCACAGAAGGUAAACUUAACGUUGAAGGAAAGCGUUCAUUGGUUUUGAUAAACAAAGCUGAUCUCUUGGACAUUGAACAACGUGAAAGAUGGGCAGAUUUCUUCGAUAAGCAAGGUAUUAGAUACGCCUUCUUUAGUGCUCUCAAUGCAUCUGAACUUAUUGAACAAUUACGUGUCGUUAGACAGGUCAGAGAUGAAAUCUUAAAUGCUGAUCAAGUCGCUCAAGUUGCAGAAGAACAAGAAAGACAAAGGAAAGAGUUAGAAGUACAAGAUAUAGUUGAAUCAGCAAAGGAGAAUGCAGUUGAGAAUGGUCAACAUCCUCCAAUUGAAUCUGCUGAGGGAUACGUCUCCCAUGCUCGUGGUUUACCUGUCAACGUCGACCAAGCAAUUGAUGCAGUCAGCAAACUCAAAACAGAUGAUAAUGAAGAAAAAGAAACCGUCGCAGCUGAAGCAACUGAACCUGCUCCAGAAACUGCUCAACAACCUGAAAGUCGGAGAACUAGAGUAUUGAAUAUCGUAGAACUUGAACAACUUUUCAUUGACGAAGCUCCUGAUCUUUCUUAUCUCCCUGCUGGACAUAAACUCACUAUUGGUUUGGUUGGUUAUCCUAACGUCGGUAAAUCAUCAACAUUAAACGCUCUCCUUGGUGCACACAGAGUUAGUGUUUCUAGUACACCAGGUAAAACAAAGCAUUUACAAACACACUUGCUUGGUAAAUCCUUAGUCCUUUGUGAUUGCCCAGGUUUGGUUUUCCCUCAAUUUGCAAGUACGCGAGCAGAGUUGGUUUGUGAUGGUGUCCUUCCUAUUGACGAUAUGCGCGAUUGGAGAGCACCUCUUGAGUUGGUUGCUAGAAGAAUACCUAAGAGUGUACUUGAAGGCCUUUAUGGUAUAAAGAUUGAAACCCGUCCAAUUGAAGAUGGAGGUGAUGGUAUACCUACAGCUGAGGAGUUAGCAACGGCAUUUGCAGUUGCUCGAGGAUUUACACGUCAAGGUAGUUCAGGUGGUAAUCCAGAUGAACAAAGAGCUGCAAGAAUAAUACUGAAAGAUUAUAUCAACGCCAAGCUCCUCUAUUGUCAUCCACCAUCCGGAUUAAAUUCAGAAGAGUUUAACGCAGCGAUGCGUAGACGUAUGCAAGCCAGAGCGAGGGGAUUGGGUAGACGUUUAAUUGGUUCUGAGCAAGGAAAGGUACAAUCAAUGAAAUCUUCUUCAAAGACGAGUAAACUUGAUCAGAACUUCUUUGCACAAUCUAGACCAGUUAAAUUGACACCUAACGUUGUUGGAAAGGCAAAUGAACAACAUGGUGAAUUUUCUCGUGUACAGAUGUACCCGCAUCAAGGUGUUGUUGCAGAUGAUGGUACUGUUCUUAAAGGUAGAAAAGCCAAACAAGCAAUGGCAGAAGCUGGUAUCGUAGUCGCAUCAUCAAAGAAGCAUUUCAAGGGUGGUAAACGCACAAAGAAGAGAUCAGGACAAGGAUACGAUUAAUAGAGUGAUGUAGAAGAUAGU